AUGCAUGGUAUAAAAAGACGGGAGUUGACCCAAGAGUUUCUUUCCAAGAAGAGGGCUCGGGAUGCUGAAAAGAUCGUCACUUACCGUACGCUAACGAAACGAGUGUUAGACGCUAAAAAUGAAGAAAAUUACACACUAGAGAAUCUGAACGCCACGACCAGACUGUUAGAGCUGAACCCUGAAUUCAACGCCGUGUGGAAUUUUCGAAGAGAUACGAUUACUCAUCUCAAAGAUGAGCUCGAUGUCGUAUUUUGGGACCAAGAGAUUAGAUUCACUACACAGCAGCUGAAAUUGUUUCCGAAGGUUUACUGGAUCUGGAAUCACAGAGUUUGGUGCUUGAAUGCGUAUCCAGGCUCACCCGUCGAGAAAUGGCAGCAAGAAUUGCUACUGGUCAACAAGCUCUUGACCAUGGACGCCAGGAACUUCCACAGCUGGCAUUAUAGAAGGGUCGUGAUCAAAAGGCUAGAACAGAUGACUCGAACGAGCUUAAACCAGCAGGAACUUGACUAUACCACCGCUAUGAUAAAUGCGAACAUCUCCAAUUUCUCAGCUUGGCAUCUAAGAGCAACUCUGCUGCCCAAAAUGUUUGCAUUAUCUGAAAUUCCAAAUGUGAAAGACUUCAUUCAGAAGGAACAACGGUAUAUCACCAACGCAAUGUUCACAGAUGCUGAGGAUCAAUCGGUAUGGUACUAUAUAAAAUGGUUUGUCAAGAGUGAUUGCGUCUUGAAAGUUCUCAGUACAGAGGAGUACAAAAUCAUGCUGCAGGAGCUAAAGGAUGGCAUUGUCAUGAUAAAUUUGGACGAAAUGGAGUUUUCUGGCAAAGAAAACAUGUGGUGCCUGAAGUUAUUGUGCUUUUUGGAAACAAUACAGGUCGAGGAACUGGGCCUAGACAUAGAUGCUAUGAAACCCGAAUAUCUGAGGAAGCUCGUGUCAUUCGACCCGCUAAGGAAAAAUAGAUAUCGUUCCCUUGCUGAGAAAAAGAUGAUUCUUUCUCGAAGGGAUGCAUGUUGA